GAUGGCGACAAAGUUUUGGUGGCCAAUGUGAUCAGAGCAAACUGUCCAUCACUAGUCAGUGCCAAGGGUGAACGCAUGAUUCCUACGCCUUUCAUGUUAGAUGGAGGAACGCAGACCAUAUAUUCCGUACUCCAAUCCCGCAAGCGCGACAAACAUACCAAUGUCGAAUACGACCGCGAAACUCUUACUAUGCAUGACGGUGGCAUGGUGUCUCUUGACUGGUAUCCCAAAAAACCGGUACAAACAAUUAUUAAGCCUGACGAGUCGUCUACAAGCACCAGCAGCACUAUCGAUGCUUGCUCAUCACCGAUAGUUGUAAUACUUCCAGGAUCAAUGGGUUCAAGCAAGGAGUACUAUAUUCGUAAUUUGGCCAAAUCACUUCACACUCGCGGCCCAAAUAAAUGCCAUGUUGUUGUGCUUAACCACCGCGGAUGCAACCGUACUCCAGUAA